AUGGCCACCCCUAGUGUCCUAGCCUUUGACGCCGAGGGUCGAGCCAUUGAUUUUGAGGUCUGGCUAGACGACCUGCAGCUUUUCUUACAGUGCGACAGAGCUGACAGCCUUUCUCUCUUUGACCUCACCUCUGGCGCCUCUCCUGCUCCUGCUGCCGAUGCUGAUCCCACUGUCCGCUCUCAGUGGGCCACCCGCGAUGCUGCUGCACGUCUUGCUGUGCGUCGCCACCUCCCUACCUCUGAGCGUGCGCACUUUAGUCAGUACAAGAGUGCUCAGACCUUGUACGACGCUGUAGUUGCGCGCUACUCCUCCCCUGCCACUGCUGCACUGAGCCGUCUCAUGCUUCCCUACCUCUUUCCUGACCUCUCUGUCUUUCCCACUGUCACUGACCUCAUUACGCACCUCCGCACUAGUGACACUCGCUACCGCGCCGCCCUUCCUGCUGAGUUCUGCGCUAAGAACCCCCCCCCCAUGUACAUCACUCUCUACUACGUAGUCGCGCGCCUCCCUGACUCCCUCCGCGUAGUCAGGGACCACUUUCUAGCAGUCUGUCCCACCACUCUCACCGUCGACCUCCUCGAGAAGGCCCUCCUCGCAGCGGAGAAGAGCAUAGUCGCUGUAGGUGCCUCUCGUGGUGACCCUCGCACCCCCAUCUUUGAGGGGUGCUCUCCUUCCCCCUUGCUGCCCUCUGUUGCCUCUGCUGCUGCGGCCGACCUGCUUGGUCUUGAGUCGGUCGGCGCGGCAUCUGCCCCUAGUGGGAGACGUCGCUCUAGCAAGGGCAAGGGGGGCAAGGGCGCGGGCGGAGCUGGAGGGGGCGGUGGCGGUGGCGGCGGAGGCGGCGGAGGGAGUGGGGGUGGUGGCGGGAGUAGUGGUGGUGGUGGUGGUGGUGGUGGCAGCAGCGGCGGAGACGGUAGUGGUAGUGCCAGCGGUGGUGGUGGAGGCAGCAGCGGGAGCGGAGGCGGUGGAGGUGGAGGCAGUGGAGGCGGCGGCGGAGGAGGCGGUGGUGGUGGAGGAGGUGGAGCUGGUCGUGGUGGUACCCAGCAGCGGAGCGGCGGUGGUGGUGCCCAGCGCUCGCAGCGGCAGCAGCAGCAGCGUUCGCGGGACAUCCCUCCGCCUCAGCAGCUUCGUGAGUGGUACGCUGCGCGUCAGAGGGGUGGGGGUACUGGUCCCUGCGCCUACGUUCUUCGUUCCGGCGACCGCGCGGCGAUCUUUGAUCUUGAUUUUGAUGCUAUCCUUUCUGCUAUGUAUGCUGUGACUUAUAGUGAGGAGCAUGAGGGUUACCGGUGUUUCCAGCCCGACCCGGGCAUUGGUACUGCUGCGCUAGGUACUUGUGAGGCUGCUGCUCUAGGUGCCAGUGAGACUGCGCUCUCAGGUGCUGGUGAGACUGCGCUCUCAGGUACUGCGUCGCCUUCGUCCUCCCUCACUUUCACACUUGACUCUGGGGCUUCUCGCUCCUUCUUUCGAGACCGCACUACCCUUACGCCUCUUGGCCGGCCGGUUGCGGUCUCCCUUGCUGACCCCUCUGGGGGUCCUGUCCUGUCUCACUUCUCCACUGUCCUCCCGUGUCCGGCUGCCCCUUCGGGCACCCUGUCUGGUCUGUACCUUCCCUCGUUCUCUACGAACUUGGUGAGUGGUGCGGACCUACAGGAUGCGGGGGUUCACCAGUUCACUCCUGCGAGGCGACGGGUGACCCACUGCACGGACGCAGACACAGGCCGACACCUGGCCACCUUUUCGCGUCGGCCAGGGUCGAGUCUCUACACCCUGACCACUUCGUCUCCUCCUGUCCCUGCGUCUGGUCAGGUAGCUGCGUCAGGUCAGGUGUUUGCUGCUGCUUCCAGGUCAGGUCCUGAGUCUGCCCCCUGUUCUUGUCGCCUCCUGUCUCACGAGACUCUCCUGUGGCACCACCGUCUUGGCCACCCCUCCUUGCCCCGUCUUCGGAGCAUGGCUUCCCGUGUCCUUGUCUCUGGUCUUCCCCAGUCUCUCCCUCCUCUCCCCUCCGGGCCAGGACCUUCCUGUGUCCCCUGUGUCGAGGGUCGCCUCCGAGCUACUCCUCACUCCUCCCACUUCCCCCCGACAGAGGCUCCCCUGCAGACGCUUCACAUGGAUGUGUGGGGCCCAGCCCCCGUCCGUGGGCAGGGUUACGAGCGCUACUUCCUGUUGGUGGUUGACGACUACUCGCGUUACACCACAGUCCUCCCCUUGCGCAGCAAGGGUGCGGUCACUGAGGUGCUGAUCGACUGGAUCCGCGAGGCUCGUCUCCAGCUCAGGAAGAGCUUCGGCUCGGACUUUCCUGUUCUGCGUCUGCACUCUGACAGAGGCGGAGAGUUCUCUUCUCGCCUUCUGCGAGACUACUGUCGUGCACGGGGGAUCCGCCAGACCUUCACGCUUCCGGACUCACCACAGCAAAAUGGGAUUGCUGAGCGCCGCAUUGGCAUGGUCAUGGAUGUCGCUCGUACGUCCAUGAUGCAUGCGGCUGCCCCCCAUUUUCUGUGGCCGUUUGCUGUGAGGUACGCGGCGCAUCAGCUCAACCUUCACCCCCGGGUCUCUCGGCCUGCGAUGUCCCCAGUCUUGCUGUGGACAGGGAAGGUUGGCGAUGCGUCUGUGUUCCGUGUCUGGGGAUCUCGGGCGUUUGUCCGCGACUUGUCUGCCGACAAGCUGUCCCCCCGUGCUGCUCCCUGUGUCUUCCUUGGCUUCCCCACUGACGCCCCAGGGUGGCAGUUUUACCACCCCUCCUCUCGUCGUGUUCUGUCCUCCCAGGACGUCACGUUCGACGAGUCAGUCCCCUUCUACCGUCUCUUCCCCUACCGCACUCCUUCCCUCCCCCCUCCCCCGGACUUCCUUGUGCCGGUUCCCCCCCCGGUAGACCCCCUCCCCCCUCAGGUUCCUGCCCCCUCAGGUGUGUCCCAGGUAGACGCCGUUGACCCGGUCGAGGUUACUGGUGACUCUGGUGCUGCUGCGGGUGCUGAGCCUGGGGGUGCUGACUCUGGGGGUGCUGUGCGCGGGGGUGCUGAGCCUGGGGGUGCUACUGCUGGGGGUGCUGGGCCUGAGGGUGCUACUGCGGAGGGUGCGGAGCCUGGGGGUGCUGAGCCGGGGGGUGCUGUGCCUGGAGGUGCUGGGUCUGGGGGUGCUGGUUCGGGAGCUGCUGAGCCUGGGGGUGCUGAGCUGGGAGCUGCUGAGCCUGGGGGUGCUGCGUCUGGAGCUGCUGAGCCUGGGGUUUCUCCUGCUGCUGCGUCUCGCCGGGAGCCCCUCUCUCCACAGGAGCUGCGCGAGUGGUUCGCUCGCCGCUGGAGGCGUGCUGCUGAGUCUGGAGGUGCUGCUGGAGCUGGAGCUGGAGCUUCUUCGACCGUCGAGGGUGCGGGUGCAGCCGGUCCCGGAGCUGCUGGCCCUGCAGGUCCUCCUGGAGCUGGAGCUGCUGAGGGCGUUCGUGCUGAGCCUGCUGCUGUUGGUCCUGCCGCUGGAGGUGUGGGUGGCGCUGGUGCUGUCGCUGAGGGUGCUGGUGCUGUCCCUGCUGAGUCUGGAGCUGCCGCGCGGCCUCGGCCGUACUUCGUUCCGCUCCUUCAGCAGGUUCUUGGUCUUUCUCCUCCAGUAGAGGGUCCACCGCCUGUCCAGUCGCAGCCCCUACUGGAGCCUUCCUCUCCACUGCCUGCUCCCUCUCCUUACACUGGUCCUACUGGAGGUCUUGCUGAGCGUCGUGAGCCUGCGUCUCGUCCCGCGUCGCCUGUUCGUGCUGCUCGCGCUAGUGGUCGCAGUUCGCGUCAGCGUCCUCCUCCUGUCCCUGGCACGCACCGGAUGUCUUUACGUCCGUCCACUGCUCCUCUGCGUGCCCCUUUGCCUUCUCCUCCUGAGUCCUCUCUUCCUGCGCUUGCGGACCCUGAGUCGGACUCUCUUCGUGCUGCCAGUCCCACUGUCACGCGUCUGCUUGCUACUGUCGUCACUGACCCCUCUUUUGAGUCCACUGCUGCGUCUGCUCUAGUCGCUGAGCUCGUCGACUUUGCUGCUCGCUGUCGUCUCGACUACGCUGCUAGUCUUGUUGCUGAGUCUGCGUCUGUCUGUCCUCCGUCCGUCGGGGGUGAGUGUGCUCUUGGCACGGACGUCCUAGAGGACAGGCAGGAGGAGUUACAGUGUCUAGCGGCUGCUUCACCUCAUCUCGCGUCUGUACUGCUUGCCCCUGAGGGAGACCCGGAUGCACUAGACAUCCCGACUCCGCGUUCUUACGCGGAGGCCGUAGAGGGUCCCUACUCCUCUCAGUGGCAGGCAGCUAUGGAUGCAGAGAUGGCUUCCUGGAAGUCCACAGGCACCUACGUUGACGCGGUUCCCCCUCCUGGGGCGAACAUCGUCAGUGGCAUGUGGAUCUUCAGGGUGAAGCGGCCGCCGGGCUCUCCACCUGUCUUCAAGGCACGGUACGUUGCUCGUGGCUUCAGUCAGCGGCAGGGAGUUGACUACUUUCAGACCUUCUCUCCCACCCCGAAGAUGACUACUCUUCGGGUGCUGCUGCACAUAGCCGCUCAGCGCGACUACGAGCUUCACUCUCUCGACUUCAGCACUGCGUUCUUGCAGGGUAGCCUGCACGAGGAGAUCUGGCUUCGCCGUCCACCUGGCUUCACUGGGACUUUCCCUCCUGGCACCCAGUGGAGCCUCCGACGGCCAGUCUACGGUCUCCGCCAGGCACCGCGUGAGUGGCACGACACACUGAGGACUACGCUUGCGGCUCUUGGGUUUGCUCCUUCUACUGCUGACCCGUCGCUGUUUCUUCGCACCGACACUUCCUUGCCGCCGUUCUACAUCCUCGUGUACGUCGACGACCUGGUCUUUGCCACAGCGGACACUGCUGGACUCGCCUACGUGAAGUCCGAGCUGUUGAAGAGACACACGUGCACAGACCUGGGUGAACUGCGCAGCUAUCUUGGCUUGCAGAUCACUCGGGACAGAGCACGCCGCACCAUUACCUUGACUCAGUCACACAUGGUGCAGCAGGUCCUUCAGCGCUUCGGCUUCACGUACUCCUCGCCUCAGGCCACUCCUCUGCCUACUCGCCACUCACUCUCAGCUCUGCCUUCGGAUGAGUCCGUAGAGUCGAGUGGUCCGUAUGCGGAGCUUGUUGGCUGCCUCAUGUACCUGAUGACCUGCACACGACCUGACCUUGCAUACCCUCUGAGCAUUCUUGCACGCUAUGUUGCUCCUGGGAGACACAGACCGGAGCACAUGGCUGCAGCGAAGAGGGUAUUGCGCUACCUGUGCAGUACGUCAGGCAUGGGGCUAGUGCUUGGAGGGCGGAGUCCAGUGGUCCUUACCGGCCACGCGGACGCUUCUUGGGCUGACGACCAGGCUACGCAGCGGUCGUCACAGGGUUACACCUUCAGCCUUGGUUCCGGCUCUGUCUCGUGGCGGUCUACUCGCUCGUCUUCGGUUCUCGGCUCCAGUUGUGAGGCUGAGAUCUACGCCGGGGCCAUGGCUGCACAGGAGCUUCGCUGGCUCACCUACCUGCUGACUGACCUUGGAGAGCCGCCUCGUUCUCCUCCAGUGCUGUACGUAGACAACAAGGCUAUGCUGGCCUUGUGUCGAGAGCAGCGCUUGGAGCACAGAACGAAGCACAUUGCUCUCCGCUACUUCCUUGCUCGUGAGCUGCAGCAGCGUGGUCAGUUGCGACUUGCGUACGUGGCCUCUGAGGCCAACACUGCUGAUGUGUUCACCAAGGCACUUGCGCCUUGUGACCAUCAGCGCUUCUGCACCCAGCUGGGUCUUGUGCCUGUCUUGCCUCACUUGCUCUCCUCUUGA